UCUCAUAUCAUUUCCAUUCAAAGUAUCUCAACCGUAAAAUAUGUCAGUCAUUCGGACUAUAUUAUCUGCUAGGUUCUCAAAAAGUGUAAAGCCAUUAAUUGGUUUAAAUGUGGUUAAAAAAUUAUCAACAAGUUCAAACAUCAUCGAUUCUAGUUUUCCGGAUGUUUCCAUCCCACAAAUAUCAAUCCCCGAGUUCAUUUAUUCAAAAUGCGAAAAGUACGAAAAUUUAAUUGCAGCGGAAUGUGGAAUUACAGGACGCAAGUACACUUACAGAGAUAUUUUGAGAAAAUCAAAAAAUUUAGCUAAAGCACUGAGAAAAAAACUUAACUUGAAAGAAGGAGACGUGGUAGCUUUGCUUUUACCAAAUGUCCCUGAAUUCCCAAUCGCGGCUUUGGGGGUAUUACAUGCAGGGUUGGUUGUUACAACCCUAAAUCCUAUUUACACCAGUGAGGAGAUAUCGCGCCAACUUACGGAUUCAUCAGCUAAAGCAAUAAUAACUCUUAUUGAUUUAUACGAAGUGGCAUCCAAUUCGAGCAAAUUGCUCAACAAAGCAUUGCCUAUUUUGUCAAUAAAAUCAUCGCAAACUCAAUCUUUUCCUCGUGGAGCCAUCGAUUUUCGAGAAUUCACCGAUAACUCCAUUGAUUAUCCGGAAAUUCAGCCACGAAAUGCUCAAGACGUGGCCUUUUUGCCAUAUUCUAGUGGCACUACAGGGUUACCAAAAGGAGUCGAAUUGACCAAUUACAACAUCGUGGCUAACAUUUGCCAAAACUCAUCACCUCAUCUCCCAAUAAUCGAGGAAACUACAAGUACCCAUCAGGAUGUUAUCCCAGUGGUGUUACCAAUGUUCCACAUCUAUGGGUUUUCAGUUAACACGUUGUUUAUGCUUUCAAAAGGGACAAAGUUGGUAACUUUGCCCAGAUUUACCCCUGAUGAUUUCGUCUCAGUAUUGAGGAAUCACAAACCACAUAUUCUGUUCAUAGUCCCUCCAAUAGUACUGUUUCUAAGUGCACAUCCCAUGGUUAAAUCCGAAGAUUUGCAUUCUGUGCGAAUCGCUUUUUCCGGCGCUGCCCCUCUUGGUGCUUUAGAUGAGCAAAGAUUCGUAGAAAAAGCAGGAAAAAGUGUCAGUGUGUUACAAGGUUACGGACUGACCGAAACUUCACCUACUGUUACUGCAAUUACGGUCCAACUCAAAGCUGAGAAAAACGUCUAUGGAUCAAUCGGACUUCCUAUUCCUAAUACUUCAGUCAAAGUUGUCAGCAUUGAUGAUCAUACAGGAACUCCCCUCGGUCCCAACUCCACGGGCGAGUUACUAGUGAAAGGACCUCAAGUCAUGAAAGGUUACCUCAACAGACCAGAGGACACGAAAAAUACUUUCCUUGAUGGGUGGUUGAGGACAGGUGACAUGGCGUAUUAUAACGAAGACCGAGUCUUCUUUAUUACCGAUCGUUUGAAAGAAUUGAUCAAAGUUAAAGGGUUUCAAGUGGCCCCGGCUGAAUUAGAAGAAAUCAUUCGUGAUUUUCCAAAUGUUGAAGACGCUGCUGUUAUUGGAGUCUCACAUCCGACGCAAGGAGAAGCCCCAAGGGCUUAUAUCGUCCCAAAGAAAAACACUAACGUGAACACCAAAGACUUGGAGGAAUAUUUUAAGAACAAAGUUGCGCAUUACAAGCACUUGAAAGGUGGUAUUGCGAUCGUUGACUCCAUCCCUAAAAACGCGUCUGGGAAAAUAAUGCGAAGGCAACUUAAAUUGGAGUUUGAAGCAUCAAACAAGCGAUAAUUGUACAAUUUUAUCUUUGUAAAUAAAAAUUGUGAAACGAU